CAUUCAUUGUCUUGACUGUACAACUCUAUAUGAACGUUAAAUCUCUUGUCUCUUUCACUUCGAGACCUUUCAGAAACUUAACCAUAUUCAAGAAUCAACUACCUCAAUACAAAGCUUUCAGUACCCAUACAAUAUCCAAUAUGCCUCUCGUUGUCCCCGGUAUCAACUCAGGUGGAGAUAACUCCAAGACGGAAGAGUGGAUGAACAAGCUGGUUGGCAAGAAGUUGACUGAUGGUCCAUCCGAUGCUACGUCAUUCGCCAAACAAGAUCUCCCCAAGGAGACUCGAGUUAUUGAGCCCGGAUCGAUGGUCACCAAGGAUUUCAAUGAGAACAGAUUGAAUGUUCAUCUCAAGGAGGAUGGAACUGUCUCACAUGUUGAUCACCAAUAGAGAUGCUGCUUAUCAUGCUCUCUCCUCGUACCAAUGAAUGAAUCAAUGACUUUAUGAGAUAUUCACC